AUGUUACUCCUUGUGCUCAUUCUACUUGUUCUCCCGAACCCUGGAUCUUGUGAUAUCAAUUUCUCCUUCGCUUCUUUUGAUUCAAAUAGUUGUGAUCCUGAUGGUGAUUUUAUCUGUAUGGGUUCAGUUAGUUCAAUAAACGGGAGUUUGGUUAUUACUCAACCCAAAGACAAUCAACAUGCGAAUGUAAACAAAUCAUCAGCUAAUUUGAUCGGACGUGUUUUGUACAAGACUCCUGUGAUUGCGUGGCCUGCAAGCUUCUCCACUACUUUCACCAUCAAGAUUGUUGUUGAUCCCGAUUCUGCUUUGUCUGGUGACGGAAUGGCUUUUGUAAUUGCUCAAGACAACCAACCUUCUCCUUCACAAAGCUACGGAUCUUAUCUCGGGAUCCUUGCUCCUUCAACAAAACGUGAGUGUGGAGCACUUCGCCAACUUGCGGUAGAGUUAGACACGUAUCAAAACGAAUAUGUCAGCGACCCAGAUGGGAAUCACAUAGCUAUUGACACUGUUAGCAUACAGGACCCAGUUGUCGUAAAAAGUCUUGAAAAAACCGGAAUUGAUCUAAAGAGUGGAAGAGACAUCAUGGUUCAAAUUAAAUACGAUGGUUGGGAGAAAAUAUUACAAAUUCAAGUAGCAUACACCGGAGAGCCCUUUGUUGAUUUUAUCACCCAACGCAUCAUUAUGAAAAGAACUGUUCCAAAGCAAGUGUAUAUCGGAUUCACAGGUGCAACCGGUGGUGCACAAGAAUCACAUCGUGUCGUUAACUGGAAUUUCACAUCAUCCGAACUGCCUGAAAAAUCACUAAAAACAGCUAUGGGACUAUGUAAAAGGGAGAUCCUGUUGGUGAUUGUUCUUCCUGUUCUAUUUGGGCUUUUGAUUUUGACAGCGGGUAUGAUUCCGUUUGCUGUCAGAGCUUUUAGGAAGAACAAAGAGAGGAAACAAAGACACAUGGAAAUUGAAAAUCUGUCGCAAAAUGCAGCAAAUGCUCCCAAUGUGUUCAAAUAUAGAACACUUUCAAAGGCAACAAAAAACUUCAGUAAAAGCAACUUAUUAGGGAUAGGUGGUUUUGGAAGCGUGUACAAAGGUCAAUUAUCCGAUCCUACUAAAACAAUAGCCGUUAAGAAAGUUUCCGCGACAUCAACUCAAGGUGAGAAGGAGUAUUUGGCCGAGAUAUGCACAAUUGGGCGACUAAAGCAUAAGAACUUGCUAUCACUAGAAGGAUGGUGUCACGAUCAUGGUCAACUCCUCCUUGUUUACACUUAUAUGCCCAAUGGUAGCCUUGAUAAGUACAUUGGGAAAACAUUCUUGGAUUGGGAACAACGAUACAAGAUUUUGAUGGGUCUUGCAUCAGUACUAGUCUACCUUCAUGAAGAAUGUGGAAACCCUGUGGUUCAUCGUGAUGUAAAACCGAACAAUGUGAUGUUAGAUUCCGAAUUUAAUGCUUAUUUAGGGGAUUUUGGGCUUGCUAGAUUGGUUCGUAGCGACACAUCGGUUAUGACAAUGGUUGCAGGGACAAUUGGGUACCUUGCACCGGAGGUAACAUACACUGGUAGGGCUACACCGGAGUCUGAUGUCUAUAGCUUUGGGAUGGUUGUGAUUGAAGUUGUGUGUGGGAAAAGAUCACAAUGGAUGAUGGAUGAGAACAGUCUUGUUGAUUAUGUAUGGGAAUUGUAUGAAAAGGGUGAGAUUUUGAACUGUGUUGAUCGGACACUUGCCGGAAAAUACAACUCCGAUGAAGUGAGGAGGACUUUGAUGGUCGGACUUGCUUGUUUGCAUCCGGGGUCUAAGUUCCGGCCAACUAUGAGGAAAGUUGUUCAAGUGUUUAUGAACCCUGAAGAGCCGUUAAUGAGCGUGCCACUUUCCAGGCCAAUGGUUGUUAGUUUGUCUUUUAGUUCAUCGACAACAAAUUCUACCGGUGUUGCAGAUAGUGGUGGAUCAAUGCAAUCUUUUCCGGAAGAGAUGACGAUUACUAGAAAUGCAUCGUGUUCAGAUGAAUGA